AGACAGGGUCAGAUGCAUGCAUGCACGCUGAUCAAAUGCGGCAAUGUCGUCGUCCCUCACCCCACAUAUCGUACAGUACAUGACCUCGUCCAUCCAUCCCAAUCUUCCGCGACUGCUGCAAAACAACGACGUCGACGUGGUCGUUGUUGGGAGAGACUCUGAGAGACUCCAAAAACACCAGGAAUUGAAUCCUGCCGGUCCUCGCCGCGAUUCGAACGCGGGGCCACUCCCAUAGCGUUCCCUAAGAGAGUAUGAUAACCACUACACCACGAGGACGUGGAUGCACGGUGUGAGUGGCGGGGGCGC